GCGGCCCGCGGCGGCUCAGCGCGCGAAUGAAUGGGCGCCUGGGGGCCGCGCGCGCUCGGGGCUGAAGGGCAUUAGGACCGUGAGGAUCGCUCGGCUCCUGAUUCUCCCUAUCACUCCCCCCACCUCCCCAACCUCUCUCCUUUUUCUGCUCUGCAGGACUGAGCAGACAGCCGCGAGCGAAAACAAACAGCUGAGGUUGCGAGCUCCCCCCCGGCCCGGCCCGGAGAGCACCCUGGCCUCGACUCCCCCUGGGGCCGUCCGUCCGUCCGUCCGUUCGUCCACCAUGAGGAAGAUCCGCGCCAAUGCCAUCGCCAUCCUGACGGUAGCCUGGAUCCUGGGCACUUUCUACUACUUAUGGCAGGACAACCGAGCCCACGCAGCAUCCUCGGGCGGCCGGAGCGCGCAGAGGGCCGGAGGAAGGCCGGAACCCUUCCGCGAGGACCGCACCAUCCCGCUCAUUGUGACAGGAACACCCUCAAAAGGCUUUGAUGAGAAGGCAUACCUGUCUGCUAAGCAGCUGAAGCCUGGAGAGGAUCCUUACAGGCAGCAUGCCUUCAACCAGCUGGAAAGUGACAAGCUGAGCCCAGACCGGCCUAUCCGGGACACCCGUCAUUACAGUUGUCCAUCUGUGUCCUAUUCCCUGGACUUACCGGCCACCAGUGUCAUCAUCACCUUCCACAAUGAGGCUCGUUCUACCCUCCUGCGCACAGUGAAGAGUGUCCUGAACCGAACUCCUGCCAACUUGAUCCAUGAGAUCAUUUUAGUGGAUGACUUCAGUUCAGAUCCUGAAGACUGCCUGCUCCUGACCAGGAUCCCCAAGGUCAAGUGCCUGCGUAAUGACCGGAGGGAAGGGUUAAUCCGGUCUCGGGUUCGAGGAGCAGACGUGGCAGCGGCUGCUAUCCUCACCUUUCUGGACAGCCACUGUGAGGUGAACACCGAGUGGCUGCAGCCCAUGCUGCAGCGGGUGAAGGAGGACCACACCCGAGUGGUGAGCCCCAUCAUCGAUGUCAUCAGUCUGGACAAUUUUGCCUACCUGGCAGCAUCUGCUGACCUUCGUGGAGGAUUUGACUGGAGCCUGCAUUUCAAGUGGGAGCAGAUACCCCUGGAGCAGAAGAUGACCCGGACCGACCCCACCAAGCCCAUCAGGACGCCUGUCAUAGCCGGUGGAAUCUUCGUGAUUGACAAGUCCUGGUUUAACCACUUGGGAAAAUAUGAUGCCCAGAUGGACAUCUGGGGGGGAGAGAAUUUUGAGCUGUCCUUUAGGGUGUGGAUGUGUGGCGGGAGCUUGGAGAUCGUGCCCUGCAGCCGAGUGGGCCAUGUCUUCAGGAAGCGGCAUCCCUACAACUUCCCAGAGGGCAAUGCCCUCACCUACAUCAGGAAUACGAAGCGGACUGCAGAGGUGUGGAUGGACGAAUACAAGCAGUACUACUACGAGGCUCGGCCCUCAGCCAUCGGGAAGGCCUUUGGCAGUGUGGCCUCACGGAUUGAGCAGAGGAAGAAGAUGGACUGCAAGUCGUUCCGUUGGUACCUAGAAAACGUCUAUCCCGAGCUCACCGUCCCAGUGAAGGAGGUUCUUCCUGGCAUCAUUAAGCAGGGGGUAAACUGCUUGGAAUCCCAGGGCCAGGACACCACAGGCGACUUCUUGCUGGGAAUGGGGAUCUGCAGAGGAUCUGCCAAGAGUCCCCCGCCUGCCCAGGCAUGGCUGUUCAGCGACCACCUCAUCCAGCAGCAGGGGAAGUGCCUGGCCGCCACCUCCACUUUAAUGUCCUCCCCGGGGUCCCUGGUCACACUGCAGGUGUGCAACCCCAGAGAAGGCAAGCAGAAAUGGAGGAGAAAAGGAUCUUUCAUCCAGCAUUCCGUCAGUGGCCUCUGCCUGGAGACGAAGCCCGCCCAGCUGGUGACCAGCAAGUGUCAGGCUGAUGCCCAGGCCCAGCAGUGGCAGCUGCUGCCACAUACAUGAUGGCAGCCCCUUGCCUCCUGGACCUUUUGCAUGAGACAUGGGGACUGGAAGGGGUUAGGGAGGGGGAGUGUCAAGCAGGCCGUUUCCAUCUCCUUACAUUUCUGCCAGAUCAUCAGCAAACACCCCUGCCACGACACAUUUCUCCAAAGCUUCUUCUAGGGAGUAGGUGGUGGGGGUGGGGGCAUACCCAAUGUCCACUGUACCACCCAGGCUCUGCCCUGGGAGAGGAGAUGGUCAGGUUGCAGACUGUUGCUGGGCAGACACUGGGCAGGUGCCCCUGGCCCUUUGUCCUCUCCCUUAGUUCUUCUUGGGGCCUGGCAGUGAUGUGUGGGCCCUCCCCUUGCUGCCCAUGGGAGCAAGGACAUAAGUCCACACAGGAGUCACUUG